AUGGCGCCAAAAUCCGUCAAGGGCAAGGGUGUGGCCAAGGAUGCCGGAGCGGCGGAGACGCUGGAGAAAAACAUAGGCAAAUCAAAAAGGGGAAAAGAACCCCCGGGCCAAACGGCCCAGCUGGGCAUUCCACCAGGCCAACCCAACCCUCGGCCUACAUACCCCCACGCCUCCCCGAACCCUAACCGCACCUGCCCCCAGACCCCCCAAUCCCCACUCCUCUCCCCCCGAUUCGGGAUAUGGAUCGGGCCACGCCCCGACCCCAACACCGUUGCCCCACACCACCCCGCCGGACCUCCUCGACCCCAUCGCGCCGCUGCUCGGCUCCCGGACUCCUCCUCUCCUUCGCGCGACGCCUGCCGACACCUCGGCCUCACCUCGUCGCCGACGGACGCGGCUCGCCGGAGCCGCUCCGCGUCACCUCGCCCUCCUCCCCGAACCCCCCCACUCGUCUGGUUCUGGAUCGGGGAGGAGCCCAAUCCCGAGCCACCGACGCCGGCAUGCAUCCCCGGCGCCGCCAGACUCCGUCAACGUAGUCGCCUCCUCGCCCUCGCGUCGGACUGCCCCGUCCCCGCCUCUCCACCGCCGGCAGACCCCGAGCCUCGCCGCCUCCGCUUCCCUUCAACGCAAGUGAGGCCCCAGGCCUCUGCCUCCCUCUCCUUUCCUGUGUCGCCGAACCCGAACGCGCGCUCCUGCCGCCGCGCCCGCCUCCCCUGCUUCUCCUCCCACCGCAGCACUGCUUGCUGCGCUACCGCUAAGCUGCUGCUAGUGCAGCUCCGCUCCCCCUCGCGCCUCCUUCUCCCAACGCCGCACGCUGCCACCCCGCCCCACUCCGCCGGCCGCGCCCCCGCUAGCUCCGCCACCGCGAGAGCCCUCCCCGGCGACCUCGCCCCGCGCCCGGCGCCGCUCUGGCCGACGCCCCGCCGCGCCUGGCUGUGGCCUCGGGCAUGA